GCCGACCUCACUCUUCGCAACGAAAGCGCGAUGUUUCCCACGCGAGCGCUUUGCGCACGAUCCGUAUGGAAAGGUCCUAACAUCGUCCCCCUACCCAUCACACGGCCAGCGCCCGGCCAAAGGAUGCUCCCGAUAAAGACGCAAGCACGCUCUGCGACGAUACUACCGAAUUUCGUGGGCUUGAAGUUCCAGAUACAUAAUGGCAAGAACUACUUGGACAUCACGAUAACGGAGGACAUGGUCGGUCACAAGCUGGGAGAAUUUGCGCCGACAAGAAAGAAUUUCACGUACAAGCAGACGAAGAAUAAGUAGAAGCGACAUCGACCAUGCAUCAAGUAGGAGUUAGGGUAUCAUUUGGAGGUCUUUCUAGCCUCAAUUGCUGUACUUUUAUUGUACAAAUUCGAUAGGCAUGCACUGCGCAAGCCGUCCUUCCAAAGACUUUGAACCCAACGCCAAUGAUGCUAGAAGGAAGCCGAGACCGGAAUUACUCCUCUGUCAAAGUUGCCGCCUGAGAUGGAUGUUCCCUUGAAGCGUGAUGGGAAUUUUGUAAGCUUUGUAUGCUCUACUAUGCACCCGUCGAGAUGCUGGU